AUGAUAGAAACAAAUCAUAAAAAUCAGUAGAAAGACACAAAUAUUAUUUGGAAUAGGUUGAAGAGAGCUUAAACUCAGCAUCACCUGUCUAAUAAGGAUGCUUACAAGAGUCAGUUAAUGAUAUACGAGGAUAAGCACUUACAAUUGGAAGCAUAUACUCCAAGAGAUCAGCUACUAUCUGGCAAUGGUUCCUCAACAACUAAAGCAAAAGGCUCAUUGCUUUAAUAAAAGCCAUCCACAGGUUCAUAAACAGGCAAAAAUACUGCUAACAUGCUACCUUUUGAAUAGUUUCAUCUUGAGGAUGAAAUUAAGCCAUUAACUGCUAGACUAAAGAGAUCUUACUUCAAUAUAGCAACUAUGGAUUAGGUUAAUUUGCAUGACACCCUCAGAAAACAAAUGACUGAAUUCGAACUAUCAAAACCAUAAACUUGCUAAAAGGAUAAAAAUCCUCAACAAGAUUACUAGGCAACAGAGAAUCAAGUUGAGAAGCAACUUUAGUAUCUAGGGGAUGGCUAAAUUCAGAAAUUUUUAUCUAAAAAAUUCCUAAAACUUGAUAAGCGAACGCUUGUAUAAAAUAAAAAUAAGAAAAUGAAAAGAGUAGCAAGUCAAACUAAUGUAGACUAGAUGAGUAAAUUCUAAGAGUUGUAGCAGAAUCAAAACUAGAUUUUAUAAAAGAACAUGUCUCAGCAAAAUAUGUAUUACUCAACAAGAGACCAUAUGAUAAGUGAGGUGAUCUAAACUAAGACAGACUAAGAGAUUUAAGAUUAGAAUGAACUCAAAAAAACUAGAUUACUGAUUCAGCAAAAUCAGUAUUUGCUUGAGUAGUUCAAAAAAGAUUUGAAUCUUAAUCAAAUAUUUUCAGUUAAUGAAAGCAGAAGAAGCCCUAACAUACAGUUUCUCAAAGAAAGCAAUGGAUUUAAUCAAUCUGAAGAUAUGAAUGGGAAGAAAUGGAUUAAUCAGUAAUAAGAACCUAAAUCAGUGGGUCAGCAAUUGUAGUAGUACUUUUAAUAAAACGAUAUUGGAUACAGUAGCUCAAGAAUAGUUAAUCCAUAAGUUGAUCUAGGAUUUAUGCCAAGACCAAAAUACAUUACAACUCUAGAUAAAAAUAUAAAGAAAAUCAAAGCCUUAAAAACACCUAAGAAUAAUUAUAUGGGAAUAAAAAUUGAUAAAGACUUUGUAGAAGCAAAAGAGAUUUUGAAAAAAUCAGAUUCAAGUGUAAAGUUAAGGUUUAAUAAAAAAACUUUAAGGUUAGAGGAGAUACCAAUAGAUGUUUCAGAAGCAGAUAAGAAUUUAAAAAGAAGAAUGAGCAAAAGAGUAAUGCCCUUACUCCCUGAGGCAACUGCCUAGCCAGAAAAAGAGAUAGUAAGUGGUAGUACUGAAUUAUCAGUCUAACUUUUCCAUUCUAAACUAAGAAAAGGUCUACUUAGAAAGCUAGGAAUAUAAAUUAAAGAAGAGAUUUAAAGCAGAGAGGAAAGCCAUUAAUUAAUGGUUGAGUAAAAAAGAAGCUAAAGAGUACAAAUAGAAAACAGAAUUGAAGAGUUCAAGCAGGAGUCUGAAGAGGACUCUUUCCAGAGUGAAUCAGAUUUGGAAACUGCCAGGAAUACCAGAGAAUCUAAAAAGAGAAGGAAAACUAUAUUUCCAAGUAUUGUUAAUCAGGCCAAGAGCCUCAAGGAGCAACAAGAGGAACGAAAUGACUAGUAUAACAAACUGAUGACAAAUCUAAUUAACCUUGAGCAGUAGCAAACUAGAAAAAAUGAUGUUACAUAGACACCUAAAUCUGAGUUAAACAUUCCAAAUUUUAUGAGAAAUGCUCUCAGGCAUAAGUUAGAACAGAUAAGUGUAAAUAUCAUGAAAGACACAGUCGAGAGUGUGAUAGGAAAGCUUCAGCAAAAGCAAGAUCAUUUUGAGAAAUUAAAUUCUCUAUGCUAGAUCAUAAAUACUUGUGAGAGAAAUAUUGAAAGUGAAAAUAACAGAAAAGAUUCAACACAGAGAGUGAUUAUGAAAACUGAAUUCAUUCAAAAGCUAAAUGAGAACAUAGAAUCAAAACUUAUUGAUCUGAUCAAUAACAAAAUUGAGGAGAGGAACUAUAUGAAGCUGGUAUAUGAUAUGAAUAAUACACCUGAAGACGUAAUAUAGUCCUGA